AUUCCUCCCAUAGACCAUGCCGCCUAACCGCACCGCAUCGAACGGACGCAAACCAUCUGUUGACACAGAUGACGAGUCUCAGGCAACUAGGCCGAUAGCCAAAAAGGCCAAGGUUUCAAGCAGCAUGGCGAAGCAAACCGAAAACAGUCUCACUUUGGCUCCCAAUGGGCAACCAACUAACAAAGUGCUACCUGUCAAGAUAUCAUUCCCUCAAAAAAGAGAGGGAGCGCUCCGAAUAGCAACAUGGAACAUCUGCGGACUGAAUACGAGUAUGAAGAAAGGAUUUAGACACUACAUUGAGGCAGAGGACCCGGACAUACUUGUCCUCACAGAAACCAAGGUUAACGACGCGCCCAUAGACCCGUUACUCACGUCCCGUUUUCCUCAUCGAGCAUGGUCUAUAGCUGAGAAGAAGAGCUACUCCGGGACUGCCAUUUUAUCCAAGCACAAGCCCCUAUCCGUUACUACUGUUCUCCCCAACCAUCCCGAUCCUAGUUCUGUCAAAGGGCGGCUAGUGGCACUGGAAUUUGCGGGCUGUUUUGUCGUCGGCACUUACGUUGUGAAUGCUGGCCAGGGGCUCAAAACGUUGGACGCCAAAAACACUUGGAACACACAUUUUACGAAAUAUAUUCGUGAGCUUGAUGGAAGGAAGCCUGUCAUCUGGGUGGGUGACCUUAACGUUGCGCCCACUGACAUUGAUCUCGCGAAACCCAAGCCAAAUUGGAAUAAAACUCCGGGCUAUACCAAAGAUGAGACUGACGCCUUCAAGGAGAUUUUGAACACCGAGGGAAAGUCUGCCAAGUUCGUGGACGUCUGGCGAAGGCUACAUCCGAAGGAUCGUCACUACACGUACUUUUCGUAUCGUUUCAAUUGUAGGGAGAAGGGCUUAGGCUGGAGACUGGAUAUGUUCGUUCUUAGCGAACGUCUAGAACCCCAUGUCAAGAUGUGCGAAAUAAGGAGCGAGAUAUACGGCGCUUCGGACCACGUCCCUGUGGUACUUGAAAUUGACGAGGUUGUUGUGCUUGGUUCGAGCUAGUUCCAGAGUCACAUAAUUAUAGACUCGCUGGAGUACUGACGGGGCCAAAACGCCUUUCCAUGAAAUAUAAUCCACUGAUACAAUUAGUAUUCGCCGAAUCUCACAUGCCCUGUUUCUUGUGCGUGAGCUCGAGCAUCCUUUUCACCCUUCAAACCUUGGCCACAUUGCUCGCACUUGAGGUCAAAUGUAGCCGUGUUAGUGAAUGCCUUCUUCCCUCGUAGGAUGGUGGCGAGUCUCUGAGCUGCGUCCAACACAGGAUCUUCAUCGUUCGCGAAGACAAUAGGAAAGACCGUCUGGUGCCAUUCUGCAGGUGCAUCAGGUGUUGGUGCCAUUGAAGCAACAUCGUAAUGGAUUCCAGAGUAAAUCAAGACGCAUCUGUUCCCCGUAGCUUGAUUAGGUGGCGGCACAAACUGAUCUAUUCUCCCAGUUUCUACAUCAAUUGACGCGAUUUCGGUGUUAUAAUGCUUCGCCAGGACCGCGAGUUCAAUAGCUCCGCCCCAUGUUAAAGGUUUCAGGAUAUUAGAAAUAUACUGUUCACGGGUCUGGCCCAGUAUAGCUUCGUUGUAGGUUUCCAUAUCAUCUCUGAUACCAUCGGCAACAACUUCCCUGAUUCUCUGGGCGCGACUAAUAUCCUGCUCGAAAACAAGGGCAACAGAGGAGAAAAGGCAGGAAUUAUCAUCUGGAACGAUCUAGAACAAGAUAAGCGUCGUCCAGCGUUGUGGCCUGAGCUUACGCGAUGAACGAAGAAACCGUUAGGGGUUUCAAUGUUAUCUGGCCCCGCACUACGUGGAACAAUAGGAGGCGCCUGUAGUUUUGGCGGCGCCGUAUAAUUACUUGAGGUACUGCUUCCAACGAGAUUAGACGUAGCGGGGCUUUGCUGAGACGAAGUUGCCUGGGAAAGUUUCUGAUUCACAAUUAUCUGCUCGCCAGCCUUGAUGCCAAGACUUGACAGAUGGAGCUCGGGGACGAGUGUCAAAGGUUGGGGGGGAUACCCAGAUCUGAGUUCUUGCCGAGAAGGGGGAAUCUCCGAUACUCCAAAUAUCUGCUGCUGCAGAUCUUGCACCGUGGACGAGUCGAUAUCGACCUGCAGUGUCGACACGCCCUUUGGAUGUCUCAGCCGCAGAGGGGUCAUGUGCG